UCGCAAAAAUGUUGUGACUGAAGCAGUGAGCUAGCCUAGCCUGGCUAACUCAAAAUAUGAAGAAUUCAGGGGACACGCACCGAAAAGGACAUUAUGAUGGACCGAGGACAAAUGGACUUUUAUUAAACUAUUAUUACGUUCAUUUAAUAUCGAAAUCGCACUCUGGAUUUGAUCAAUAAGAGCUAAUUUGCGUUUCUAUUAGCAUGCUAGGCUAGGCUAAUAUUGAUAUUUUUGGCUCAAAUUUAAAUAAUCCUAGCGCUGAUUUUUUCUUCUUCUUGCUUUUAUUGAAGCGUUUUAGUCCUGGCUAACCGGGAACUGCUUUGGAAGAUUUUUAUCCAGUUUUCAGUAGUUUUUAGAUAACGUUGUGUUCAGGCCGCGGAUGGAGCCGGGGAACCAGCGUGAGAGCCCGGCCGGGUCAGGGGAGUCUGACACCGGGGAGUGGAGGGAAGCGAGCCCCGUGGGAGACCCGGAGGAGGGGAAAGGGGCAGAAACCGGUGAAGCCUCAACAGAAGCGGGGUUAAAAGAGGAGGAUGACAGCUCCACAGUCAAGAGUCCCGGGGAGAGAGUGCAAAGCCCGUACGAGGAGGAGCUGGACCCGAGGAUACAGGAUGAGCUGGAGCAGCUGAACGAGGCCAGUGCUGAGAUCAACAAACUGGAGCUGCAGCUGGACGACGCACGCUCCAACUACAGGAAGAUCCUCACAGAAUCUGCCCGGAAACUCAACGCUCAGAGCUCUCAGCUGGGCUCGUGUAUCGAGAAGGCCCGGCCGUACUACGAGGCCCGCAGGCUCGCCAAAGAGGCACAGCAGGAGACCCAGAAGGCAGCUCUGCGUUUUGAGCGAGCCGUGUCCAUGCACACGGCGGCGCGGGAGAUGGUUUAUGUGGCCGAACAGGGUCUGAUGGCCGACGGGAAGAACACGCUGGACCCAACCUGGCAGGAGAUGCUCAACCACGCCACGGGCAAGGUGAACGAGGCAGAGGAGGAGCGUCUCCGCAGUGAGAGGGAGCACAUGAGAGUGACUAAAGCCUGUCAGGAGGCAGAGGCUCGAGUCCAGACGCUGCAGAAGUCCCUCAAAAGAGCCAUCAUUAAAUCUAAACCCUACUUCGAACUGAAGGCCCAGUUCAACCACAUCCUGGAGGAACACAAGGCGACGGUGCUGCAGUUGGAGGAGUCGGUGUCUAAAGUGAAGACGCGUUAUUCUGUGGCUCUGAGGAACCUGGAGCAGAUCAGUGAGGAGAUCCAUGCUCAGAGAGGCACCCGAGAGGCCUGCCCCAGCCUGAGGAGUCCCCCCGUGGGAGCAGAGGCGAGCGGGGACAGCGGAGGGAGGGAGAGAGGCGCCUGUGGAGGGGCCGACCAGCUGGACGUGGUGUCUGCGAUGGAGCUGGUGGAGAGGUACAGAGAGAGAGAGAGGGAGCGCUGUGGCUCUGACUCGGUCUCCGUGUUCAGUCUCCAGACCAUCGCCUCUGACCUGGAACGAUACGACUCGGUGGACCACCUGGGCGACCUGAGCGACGUGAGCAGCGUGACGGGGGAGGAGAGGGACGGGGAGAGGGAGGGGGAGGGGCGGGAUAGGGCGAGCAAUAUAAGGAAGCAAGAGUUCAGCAAAACGCACCAUAGAAGCUUUAGUCUGUGAGAGAGAGAGAGAAGAGGGGGAGGAAGAGGAGAGGAGAGAGAGUGCUACAGACAGAAGGAGUUUAAAGAGGGGGUAUUAUGCAUAUUUACUUUUUAGAGCUUUCUACAAUAUUAUAACAUUGUUCCCUCCUCAAAAACACGCCUGAAGAGGGUUUAAAUGUCACCCAAUCUUGUUUGAGUAAUGUAGUGAUCUCUCCUGGGCCUUAUUCAAACCCUCCUUAAGCUUCUCUGCAAGACUUAGCCUACAAAAUAUACAAAAACAUGAUACAAAUCUACACUACGCCUUCACAAACCUGACACGAUGUACAGUAGUUUCAUUAGUAGUAUGCACGCCGAUUGUGUUGUGGUGUCACUCUGAAGGGGGAGUGAUUUAGCAUGAAGAGCAAAGUGACAAGGGACUCAGAGCAUCACUAACAAAACUCAACCUUAACAUUUUAACACGUCUUUUUUGGCGAGAAUUGCAUUUUCAAAACAGUAAAAGGGUAACAUGGUGAUCUAAAUGUUUAAUAUGUGUGAGAAUAAGUGUAAUUCCCCCUCUUUAAUUCAUUUGUGAGAAAGACAGAGAGGAGAGAGAAAAAAGAUGAGAAAAGAAGGUUGCAUCAGUGCAUAAAACAAGGAGGAGAUGGAGCGAAAGAGAGGAGGGGUGGUGGAUACACACUAGAGGAGAGAAGAAAGGAGAGAGAGGGAUGGUGCGUAAAAGAGGAGUGACAUAGAGGAGAGGAGGGCUGGAGAAAAAACUGGAGGGAUGGGUGAGACUGAAGAAUUUGGCGCUGACAAAAUGCUAUUAAUACGAACAGCGCUGUUUUGAACCUGAGCCCUGAACAUUCCUGACCCCAAUACGACCCCAGAUUGACCCCGCCGUGACCCCGUCGUGACUCCAUCGUGACCUCUCACUUUCCUCCUCUUCACCUCUGGACAAAAGAUUCCUCUCUUUCGGAAAAUACUUCAGGAACUCCAGGUUAGCCGAGUCUGUUCUUAAGGCCGUGUUUUCCUCGUGGAUACACCAGGGGGCGCUGCAGCAGUGGGUUCAUUCAUUUGACACUCACAAUCUUGUUUUUUUUUUUUUUUAAUGUAAUUUAUAAAAUCGGCAUUCCACCAAAAAAACUGGACGCAUUUGAGCAAAACAUCGCUGCAGCUACUGAACAUAAAGAAAGUACAUAAUGGAAAUGAAAGCGUCCCAUAUUACACUGUUUUCUCAUCUAUGUUAUAAGGUUGUUUCCUCAUCACAAACAGACCCGGAGUUGUCUCAAACUGAAAACCCUCUCUCUUCCACCUUGUGAUGUCAUUAAGUGAUAAUACAGGACAUGCUCCACUGUGUUUUUAACUCUAUACACCUUGAGUACUGUAUUUUUCUGACUAUAAUUCGCACCGGAGUAUAAGUCACACUUUUUGGGGGAAAUUUAUUUUAUAAAAUCAGAGACCAGGAAUUUUAUCUUGAAAGGCAAGUUCUAGUAAUAAAGACAGGGAACAACAGUAUGAACAGGCGUUAGUAUGUUCACGUAACAUAUUAACAAUUAUUCAGAUAACUAUAGCAUAAACAACAGAACAUAAGUUUACCAAAUUCUCAAUUAUACUCCAUAUCACUAAAUCCACUGAAUCCAUUGAAUUCUUCAUCCUCGGUGUCACUUCUGAGCAACUCCACGCAACUUUGGUUGUCACUGAAGUUCAGGCUUUGUCCAUCUGACUUCCAGGAAAGUUACAUGUUGCAUCCUUCUGUUUGCCGUGAAGCUGUGUUCUCCAUUCCCACUUUCUGUCAGUCCCUCACAAGUUUCUUGCUCACUCCAAACUUUCUUUCUGCUUCUUGAUUUCAGUUUUCUGCUGCAUAUUUCACUACUUGCAGCAGGAGAGUGGCUUUUUCUGCAGGAGACAUGUGCAGAAAACUGACACACAAGCCUAGAGCCUCUUGCAGCUGUCAGUCUGAAAAUUCUAAUAUAUAAGUCACACCGGAGUCGCAGGAAACACCUAAAUCAUGAAAAAAAGUGCAACUUAUAGUCCAAAAAAUAUGGUAGAAUCAUUUGGAUGAUUUCAGCCCUUGAAUUACCGAUCUCUACUGAAGUAAAGGUAAAAGGAGCUGUUAAAUUGAAAACUACGGCUACAUGACAUCAUAAGGUGGAACAGAGUAUUUUGAGCUUUGGAGAUGUAGACAAAGGUUAAUCAAACAUGUGAGAAUGAAACAAAACACAACUCGAGGUCUGUUUUUGAGGAGAUAACUUUAUAACGUUGUUUAAAGCUCACAAGAGUCAAUUUUGUGUAAUACAGGAGCUUUAAAUGUCAUUCUAAAUGGCUGAAUUAGUCUUAAAGUGAUAAAAAUAGUAACUGGAGAUAGAAAACCUGAUAUGACAACUAAAGUCCAAGCGUCACUCUCCUUCAACGCUCUUCUUGUGUUUAUCGUUUCCACGGCAAACUUCAACAAAUGCACGUUUUAUAACACUUAUCUCAAAGGUGCACUAUGUCAUUUUUCUGGUUGUGUUGUUGUUGUUAUUUACUUCACCCGCUCGUCUCCGUGGAUAAAGUUAGAAGGUAAAAAAGCGUGAUUUUCAACAGAUUUUUUUUUACACCAACAAAAAUAGUAUUAAAUGCAGGAUUACUGUUGAAUCUUAAAAUGAGAAGUUACAUAAUGCAUCUUUUUAAAAUAAGAAACUUCACUGAAUCUGUAUCUGAGUGGACUUGAACAACCCAGAGGACGAUGAUGUCACGAGGUGGAGGCGAGCGUUGUGAGCUUUGGAGAUGAGCCAAAGACAGAAUAAACAAGCAAAUCAAACAGAAAAAUGAACAAAUUGCUAGUUCUAUUUUAAAGCUCCACUGUAACUUUUCUGUUUCUGCUGGAGGGUGUGGCUCACAUUGUUUUGCCUAGAAUGUUCUGCAGUAUGGCAUUAAAAAAAUCUAUUUUGAUGGGGACAAGCAGUUGGUGUCACCAGACCAUGUUAGAGGUCAGAUCCAUAGAGAGGCAAGUCCAAGUUUUCCAAGAUAUGUUUGAGCAAUAAAAACGUAUGUAAUGCCGUAAUGCUGCUAAUUUAAAGCCAAACUGCGGAACAUUCCAGAUAAGCAAUAAUACAGGGUGUCCUAAAAAAUCAUUUCACAGGCCAAUACUUUUGUCAGUUCUACUUGAAAUUACCUAAAAUUUUCACAGAAUGCACAGAAACGGAUCAAGAUUUUAUAUUUAAUGUUUUAUUUUUGUUCUGUUUUCUACGUAAGCCGAGAGGGGUCACAACAAACGCAAACGCCGCAACAAAUACAAAUGCCACAACACAACAAAAAGCCACAACAAACACAAAAAAAAGC